UGAUGAGAAUGGAAACAAAAAACUUGAGUCUCCGUUACCUUUUCAUCAAAGAAGCUCUUUUAAUUUUUUUCCUUGGUGGAAAAUUAAACUGAAAUUGUGCAUGGCAAUAAACAAGGACGGAAAGAUUGCCAUUUUAAAUUGCAUGCAAGACAAAAAUCCUGUAUAUUGGUAACAUAUGUGUGGAACUGAAUUCGUUCAAGACCGACAAAAUUCUUUCUCUCGACGAAUUAUAUGUCGGGGGGUUAUGGGAGCGCAAGCUUAUUAGGGUUCUCCGAUUUUAAUGGAACAAAAAUAAUUGCCGCUGAUUGCGGCACUGUUUAUAUCUACACAGAAGACGGGCAGGAACAACGCAAAAUUAAGCUACCCGAAGGACAGGGACUUAUUAAAUCGGGUGCAAUAAAUUACGUCACAAAACAUAUUCUAGUUAAAACGUAUCAGCCACUAGGAUCUAGUCUGUUAAGUUUCUCAGACACUGGAGAAUUAAUAGACAGUUUAUGUUUGGGAUCUACCGCAUGGAUUAGACUUGCUUUCUUGCUGUCACCCGAAUGGCCCAGUUGCUUUAAUCGGCUUAACAAGAGCAGCUUUACUUCAACUGAAGUAAAAUCACUUACAUGAAUGAAAAUUUUGAAAAAUGAACUGAACUUAUUUUGUGAACAAUUAAACUGAUGCGUGGUAAAGCGCAGUGUAGCUUUGACUGUUGUUAUUUUCAUAGAUAAAAAAUAGACCUCUUAUUAAUUAAACACAAUAUAUUCAUUAAAAGACAUGCAGUGAACUAAUUAAGUUGAUGAACUAAAUUGACC